CAAAUUUCCAGGGGGAGCAUUUUAUGCUGAUACACCUCCAUGCCGUUUGUUGAUGUGACCUUUUCCAUUCUGAAGUGUUCUGCUUAUAUCUUCUUACACUUAUGAAUAUAUUUACUACGUAGCCGAUUCCAGUGUUGCAAAUUUGAUGAUCAUGGCUUUAAUUACAACUGGCCAGCCUUGCAUGAGUAUGUUUAGGUGUCUUCAGGCUGUUGUCACCCACAGGUGCUUGCAAGCCACAUCCACAUUUCACACUACAGUCUUUCAGUCAGACUCCAACAGAACCUGCGUUGUCCGCUUUGGAAGGCAGAAGUAUGACAGGGUGUAUCCGGUUUUGUUGGUGAAACCUGAUGGAUCCACCAUCAACAUCAGAUAUAAAGAGCCCAGAAGAAUAAUGAAGAUGCCGGUGGACAUCACCACCCUCUCGGAGGAGGAAAGGAAAAUCAGGAUGCGGAAAAGAGAACCAAAGAGGGCAGUGAAACAGAAAUUGGAUGAUCUUGAGGAUGAUUUCAAAGUUGAUGAUUACAGCAAAUUUUGGAAGAAGAAAUAAAUGGACUGAUGCAGUUAAAUGCCUAAUUGAGAGUAUUUAUGUUGUCUCACAUGUACAAUAUUGCAAUUUUGUUUUAUAUGUCACCAUGCAAUUAAAAAGUCUUGAAAUGUU